AAAACAGAGACCUUCCUCCUCAAAAAACGUCACCAUCGAAGGCCCGCCUGCGUACCUAUCCACGUCUCCAGAGAUGGAGCCCUUUCGAGUCUCAUCAAAGUGGAAGAAGAAGAAAAAAUCCCCAAUGGAAAACAGUCUACCAAUCAGCAACAAAACCCAGUACGAAGACCUGAUGCCGGUGAUGGCGGAGAAGCUCGACGUGGAGGGUUUUGUGAAGGAGCUCUGCGGAGGGUUUCAGUUACUCUGCGACGCCGAGAAAGGGCUCAUCACGGCGGAGAGCCUGCGGGCGAAUUCGGAGCUUGUGGGGAUGGAAGCGAUGACCGAGCAAGACGCGGAAGCCAUGGUGAGAGAAGGAGAUCUGGACGGCGACGGGGCGCUGAGCGAGACGGAGUUCUGCAUAUUGAUGGUGAGGCUGAGCCCUGGGAUGAUGGAAGAUGCAGAGGCCUGGCUGGAGAAGGCUCUGCAUCAAGAGCUGCUGCGCUCUGAAUCACUUCUUUGAAAAGGGCCCUCUGGAUUAGGGAAUUUUCUUGGUCCUUGUUUUCUUUCUUGCUUUGUUUCUGCGGGUGUGAUUCCUGGAAACAUAAAGGUUCGUCUUUCUUGCUUUGUAAGUCGUUGACUGUUUGAUCGAGUGAAAGAGAGAUUGUAAACCAAUCUUCAAAAAGUUAUUAUC